AGUCGCUCCCGCGGGCAGUCGCUGAACUAGUUGUUAUAUGGUUUGAUGGUCCCAAGAUGGCGGAUACCCGGGGCGGAUGUCGCAUGCAUAGAUUUAAAUGUGCGCUGACAUCCAGUAUCAUGUGGGUCCAUGGCUUCGUGUAGCAUCUAAUGCAAAAUUUAACCUCUACUUUAAUAUAUGCGAUAAUCUUGGCGCUGGCCGGCGAUGGCCGGAGUUACAGAGCAGUGAUGAUGACGUCGCCGACGUCGCCCGUCGCGUCGUCAGGCAGGAAAUUUAUCAAUUUUUGUUAGGCCUACUAUUACAUUUCGACAAUGCAUCUUUUAAGGAUGAAAUGUCACAUCAAGUUUGAUCCAGGUGGCAGAAUGAAACUUCAUGCGCCGAUUGUUUUUAUCUUGUGUCUUUUACAAUUCAGCGUCAGUGAAGCGGAGUGUUCCUCGCGCUCGGGCUCGGCAGCCGAUAGCGAAGAGAGAUGGCAACGACGCCGAGAGUUUCCCGAGAUUGAUGGACAGACAAAUCUUGGUACUGAUCUUGAUCAGCAGUUAAAUGCAAAUGAGAUUCCCAGGCACAGGCAUUCUGAGAAACAGGCAAUAAAUAGUCUUUCAGUCCUAGUUAACCCAUUGAGAAAGCUACAUGUACCAACCAAGUCCUUGACAAAUGAACUUGCAGCUGAUGUACCUCUUGUAAAGUCUCAGGUUGUAGAAAAUCAGACAUCAAAGAAUGCCCAUGUUGGUGAUGGGGAGAAAGAAUUGACUUUCAGGAGCAGAGAUAGUGAAUUAGACCCUUCAGUCGAAAACAAGCUGUCCAGUAUUCUUAAGGUUGACCUUCAGGAAGGAGAAACUCUGAGCUGGUCUCAUGAAUCUACAGGUUCAAUUUUGAAUGAACAUAGACAUUUAAUAGUCAAAAGGCAAAUUAGUAAUGAGACUGAAAAUGCAGCAGGGAGUGCGAAUGAAGACAUGGUUACUGAAAAACUUCCUGCCCCAAUCUCUCAGGGUGAAAGCAAUGUUUCCAGUUUAGAUGCACCAAGUGUAAGAGACAGACAAACUGGUGGGGGCACAUUAACAGAAAGUUCAUCAAAGACUUCUGCAGCAGCUCAGACUACAACUCAGACCCCAGAACCCUCUUCCAUAAGAACUGCAUCAACAGCACAAAAAGACAGUACCGCACAUCCUCCAAAGACUUCCUCUGCGACUUCAUCAACAGUUCACCUUCAGCAGCCUCCCAAACCUACAACCCUUGAGAAAGAAGCCAGCGAGGCAGACACUUCGCCAUUGGUAGUUACAGAAGAGAGCCAAUUGACUGAUGCCCUGGUUGAAGAGAGUAAUGCUUCCUGUGAAGGUGCACAGUGCUAUGCAUCUCGCCUUCCCUAUCACUGGACGUCUGAUGCAUCUUGGGCGCUUGCGAGUAUGUUAUUUCUUCUGAGUGUACUCACAUUCUUUGUCCUGUACACUGGACUCUGGAAGAAGCGAAAUCCGAUGAGUUUUCCUCUGGACAGCAGCCUGCCACCAAAUCCAAACCCUAAAAUCACAAUAGCAGAACUACUGAAAACAAGACUAGCCUUGAUACCUAAACACCUUCGAAACAAACGCAAACGUCAGAUGCACAGGAAACGCAUGAAUGGCAGGAGAUACGAAGAGCUUCCACUUCACCUAUCAAACGGUACCUGCAAUGAUGAGGAGCUAGGAUAUUUUGAAGAUGAUGAAGAGGAGGAUUUGUACUUGCAAGGUGGGCAUACCGUCUGACAACUCUUCCUUGGUUCAAAUCAUCCAUUUUGCAUUGGUACUGUACAGUAUGUUCAGGGAUACUAUUUUCGUCAUGGUUAAGAGUAAAGAGGUUUUAAAGUGACAUUGGAUUGAAAUUACAGAAAGUUAAGUAAAUUUUCUUGAAGUGUGUGUUAAGACUUUUGAAGUACAAAUAAAGUCUUCACUUUGUAUCAUGCAUUCGUCUGCAAGUACAAGAAAUAUACAUCAGAUUUGUACACUUUAUGUGUAUGUGCAGACUUAAGAUCAACCAAUCACCUGUGAUUUUCCUUUCUUUCUGAUGCAAUGAUUUCAUGAUUUUAUGAUUUUCAAUUUCAUUAAAAAGUAAUAUGUCCGAUGACCAAAGAGAUGUCAUUUCAAAAACGUAAAUUUUGAAAGACCUAAAAAAAUUAAUUAAGCCUGUAAACACAAUUUCAAUUAUAGUACAGAUAAUGUUUCCUCUAGACCCCAAACCCGGUUUUAAAGGUAUGCUACAUGUAGGACUCUGUGGGUUGGAAGUCAGUUUAGGAAAGACAUUUCAUCAAACACAAAUAUUAUCUUAAAAUGCAAAUAAGGGCCCUGUUUUACAAAGAGUUACAAUAGAUGAAACUCAAAUUGCGAUUGAUCUUAAUUUUGUGUACCGGGUAACCAAAAAGUUAAGCUAGGUUUAACUGAAUACUGUAAUCAAUGUUAUGAGAAUACAGAAUAAUUUAUCAAAGGAUCAUCAAACGGAGUGUUCAUUUACUGUACGUUAAUGAUUAAUUGAAUAAUAAUUGAUCUAAAGACUUGACCUUCUUCAAUAGUCUUGUUGAUACAGAGAUAUCAUAUCAUGUGAUCUUUGUGCAGGUGAAGGGUUAUUAUUUAAUGUUAGAAAAUUUAGUCAAUGUUUAAUGAUCAAUGUCAGAUUUAAGUGAACGACAAAGACCAACCACAUCAAAUUUGAUAACUUGUAAAAAUUCUUUGUUCUUGUGCUGCCAAUCGUUGAGGGAUGUGCUUUCUAAGAGUGAAUAGGGUGUCCAUGAUAAAUGAUUUUCAAAAGAUUAGUACAACAUAAUAUCACUUAGUGAUAUCUGUCUGAGAGUGUUUUAAAGUAUUUUUGAAAAUGACCUGUCAUUUGAACCUGGUGGAAGUGUCAUCAUAUUGUUGAGACGUUGUCAGACUUGACAACUGUCCAUGGUGAAAAGUGGCUGAGAAACACAGGUGGCUGACAAUUGUAACUAUGGUAACUGUUGGAUACUGACAAAUUGUCCUCUGAAUGUAUUGUAUAUUAAGACAUGUUCAAAUAUUUUGUAUGCUUCAUUAUUUUAUACCAGGGUACAUUCAAACUUUCAUUUUCUUUCUCCAAAAGUUAUGGGUCUCACUCACUGUUUCUAGAAUACUGGAAGGUGAUUGCAGCAAAGCCUCAAGAAGAGAGCAUGAGCCAUGUUUAGUCACAGCUUUUAUCAAGAAUAUAGUUGACUGUCUUUUUCAUUUAAUCUUCAAUUAUUUCCAUGUGAUCAGCCAACCCCAAACUAACAAUAAGUCAUCAUAAAUUAAUGAGAUUUCCAUUUCCAUCAGGAAAGACGCAGUGAAAUCACUGUUGACACAACAUUUGUUAAUCUGUUGGACACUGGUUGAUUAUGCUAUGACCCACAAUAUCCAUAGAUUAGACCACACAUAUGUGGGCUCAGUCUCCUGUACCUAUCUAUUUUUUUUUCAAUUUUCAGCCAAAGAACUUGAAUCUGUUUAAUCUUGAUGAGGGAAAAUUCACAGCACCCUAGUUUUGUGUUCUCUAGCUACUCACUACAUGUAACUUUAAAAAUGGUUUCAUUUGAGGUCGUACCAAAGCUGAAAUUACGUGCAUGUUGAAUUAAUUGAUUGUAUGGAUAGAGCCAGUAUUUAUCCACCCUUUCUUUGGAUGACAUCAAUCUUAUUUGCACAGCUGACUACAGUCAACAAUCAAUAAAUCAUAGCAAUGUAAAUUGAAGUUCAAAUUCAAUUGACAAGGAAGUCUACCCCAAAGAUACAACUUGCUUUAAACAUAAUCAUGGCCAAAGAAAGAUGGUUGGUUGCAGGUACAACUAAUUUCACUAUUUCCACAGUCAGUGCUCAUAUCCAAAUUCCUUGUUUAACUUAAAAUCAACUCAGUUGAUUAUACUGGAUAGCCUA